CCACGUGAUAGUGGGGAAUGCCCGCAAAGUAAACGCCAACUUUCCCAACCACUCCUGCUUAAGAUGGCUGCUACACGUAGUGCGGCUGCCGCUGUUGACUUUGCUCGUAUUUAUUCUUCACUAGGCCUUGGUAAAGAGACCAUUGCGUCUCUACAGGCCUUCCGUAAGCGCCAUGCCGAGGCUCAGCGUGUGGUUGACUCGCUCAAGGGUCAACCCACAACUGUGGAUAUUGCCAAGUACCGCUCAACACUGCGCAACCAGGAAAUUGUUGCCGAGGCAGAGAAGCUCCUUAAAGAGUUUAGGCCAGUGACGUAUGAUGUUAAUACCCAUGUCAAAGCUAUCGAGACGUUUGAGGCGAAGGCUCUUGCCGAAGCUCAGAGCGCAGCAGCCAAGGUGGAUGAGGAACUCGCCAAGUUGCAAGCUACUUUGGAAAACAUUCAGCAGGCUCGUCCUUUCCAGGAUCUCACGGUGGACGACGUGUCCGAGGCACGCCCUCAAAUCCGAAAAACAGUCGAGACCAUGCUGAAAAAGGGGAAAUGGACGGUGCCUGGCUAUACGGAGAAGUUUGGGGAUUUGUCGAUGGCAUAGAAGAGAGGGGAGAUUCAGAGAUGUUAUUUACCGUCCUAACAAAUAACGUGGCUUUAUUGCCCGAAAACGAAAGCCGUAAUCAGCGAUUCUCUUGUGACUUUGGUGUGGGUGUGGUGUUUUCAAGGGUUCUUUCUAUUGGAAGCAUGUUCUCUGUGGAGCGUCAUCCAUUCAAUUGUCACUCAUUCAGUUCACUAUUGGUCAUCCCCAUUUAGUUAGAGCUGAUACAAUCAAUUGUAUUGCGGC